GUCACAGUUGAGAUGAGAGAUAUGCCACAUGAAUUUCAGCACUUUAGUUAGUCAGACCUCACUAUGGGUGUGACAGUUUCUGCUGUAGACAGUUUACGUUACCGUCUAAGGUGAUCAGUAGUGUGUGAGUUCUCACAUGGCUUGUCCUGAGAACAUGUUUUUUCUCAUUGGCCUCUUUAUGUCAGGUGUUUUAGUCUGUUUUGGUCGAGAUUUGAUCGUCACAAUGCCAGAUAGACUGGAUGGACUGACUGGCUCCUGUGUGCAAAUCCCAUGUUCAUUUGAUGUUCCUGAACAACAUAAGGAUACAUUUAAAAGCACAAUACUACCCUCUGGAGUGUGGAUUAAAGGAAACCCAUACUUUGGUGGGCGUCCGGACAGAGUGAUAUUUAACAGUAGUAAGUUGGUCAACACAUAUCAAGGGAAGAUAACUGGAAACAUGUCCCAGAAGAACUGCACCACAGUCUUCUUCAAUGUAACCACCAAUUACACUGAUAAAUACUACUUCAGGAUUGAGAGUCAACCAUUCCGUGCAACAGAUCCAGAUAAGUCUGUUGAAAUAGAUGUCAGAGAUUUGCCUUCCAGUCCCAUCAUUACUGUCUCAGGUGAAGUGAAGGAAGGGGUCCCUGUCAGUUUGAACUGCUCUGCUGUCGCUCCCUGUCCUGAACACCCCCCUGAGCUGACAUGGACUCUCCGAACACAGUUCACAACUGGCAACCAACUGCAGAAGAAUCCAAACCAAACCAAAUCAGUUCUAUCUAUGGUGACCUUCACUCCAUCAUACCUUCAUCAUGAGCAGAACAUCACUUGUACUGCAGUCUACCCAGUAGGGACAAGCAACAAGACAACAGAACAUAACAUGAUGCUUAACGUUUCAUUCUCUCCUAAGAACACCUCGGCCUCCAUCAGUCCAGCUGAUCCAGUAUUAGUCGGCAGCUGUGUUAAUCUGACCUGCAGCAGUACAGCCAACCCUCCUGUGACGAACUUCACCUGGUUCAAGAUCAGUGAGGGUAAAACAACAAUGGUAGCAUCUGGACUGAGUUACACCCUCAAUGUUACUGUUGGUAAUGGAGGACUGUACUACUGUGAAGGAAGAAAUAGUCACGGCUGUGGGAAGUCGAAUGAAGUGCAGCUGGCUAUAAAAGGGCAAGAAGAGACUGUUAACACAAUGGCUUCUGGGAUUGCAGCAGGAACUUUGGGGGCCCUUUUGCUUAUCAGCCUGAUCAGUCUUUUUGUAUGGAGGAGAAACCCGAGGCUCCACGAUGGACUUGAAAGGACGGACAAUUCACAGGGACAGAACUCCCCGGUUGGGACAGUGUGUGCUAACCAGGCCACAGCCGGAGAGGAACCAGAGAAACCUGCAGUAGACCAGCCUGAAGAGAUCCACUAUGGUGAGAUAGACUUCUCCAAACGACAGACCAAAGAGACCCCAGCUGCAGCCCAGGACAGGGUCCAGGGACAGGAGAGUGAGUACGCUGAAGUCAACGUGACUGGGAGAGGGGCCCAGGAACCACCUCUUAACAACCUAGAUGGGCUUUAUGCACAAGUGAAUAAAACAGGUGGAUGCUAAGUAUUUUGCCGAUGAGUAUUAAGUGCUUUUAUGUACAGUAUUGUCAUUGUGUAUCUGUUUCUAUUGGUACUUUUGUUACAUUUAUAAUUGUGUGCUCUUUGAUUAUCUGCAUAGUUGUAGAAUUUGCUGGGAUAAAAGUGUUUAAAUGUUACUAUAGUGUUGAUAUGAUGAUGCAGGCUACUCUUUAUUUUAGACCAUUUAUUUUGAGUGUUGAGUUCACAGAGCAUCUGUUUAAUGGGUUCCAGUAUAGAGGAACUGCUGAGUUCAACUAGCUCACUGAAGGCAGUUUAAGACCAUAUAAAGUCAAUGAUGACUGAAGAGAGAAGACACAGUUAGUUGGAGAGACAGUGGUCUGAUACAAAACAGGAAGUUGGUGCAGGAAGUCUACAUGAUGGCAGAAUGGUGUUAACAUCUACUAGUUACUGUUUAUCUUCAUCUUUUGUGCAGUUACCAGAAUAACAAUAUUAUCUAUUUUCAGUUUAUACAGUUGGAGUCAGAAGUUUACAUAUAGAUAGGUUGGCGUCAUUAAAAUGCAUUUUUCAACCACUCCACAAAUUUCUUGUUAACAAACUAUAGUUUUGGCAAGUCGGUUAGGACAUCUACUUUGUGCAUGACACAAGUAAUUUUUCCAACACUUGUUUACAGAAAGAUUAUUUCACUUAUAAUUCACUAUAUCACAAUUCCAGUGGGUCAGAAGUUUACAUGCACUAUGUUGACUGUGCCUUUAAACAGCUUGGAAAAUUCCAGAAAAUGAUGUCAUGGCAUUAGAUUGAUUAACCUCUUGAAACUCUAGGGGCGCUAUAUCAUUUUUGGAUAAAAAGACGUGCCCGUUUUAAGCGCAAUAUUUUGUCACAAAAAGAUGCUUGACUAUGCAUAUAAUUGGUAGCUUUGGAAAGAAAACACUCUGACGUUUCCAGAACUGCAAAGAUAUUUUCUGUGCGUCCCUAGAACGUGAGCUUCAGGCAAAACCAAGAUGAGACGGCAUCCAGGAAAUGAGCAGGAUUUUUGAGGCUCUGUUUUCCAUUGUCUCCUUAUAUGGCUGUGAAUGCGAGAGGAGUAAGUCUGCCCUUUCUGUCGUUUCCCCAAGGUGUCUGCAGCAUUGUGACGUAUUUGUAGGCAUAUCAUUGGAAGAUUGACCAUAAGAGACCACAUUUACCAGGUG